UCGUUUCGUCACCUCCGUCCAUGCUCUGACUCCAGCUUGCAUCAUUUCUCGUGUCUCGGCAGCCGGUUGCAGUGCAUACACCAUGGUGGAGCCAGUUCCUGAAUCCAUCAGUUUUCCCUCUGAGGAGGAGAAGAUCAUGCAGUUUUGGCAAGACAAGAACUGUUUCCAGGAAUGCCUCAAACAGUCCAAGAACCGACCCAGGUACACCUUUUACGAUGGCCCUCCCUUCGCCACGGGUCUGCCGCAUUAUGGUCACAUCUUAGCUGGCACCAUCAAGGACAUAGUUACCCGUUUUGCCCACCAGAGUGGCUUCCAUGUGGACCGGCGCUUUGGUUGGGACUGUCACGGUCUGCCUGUGGAGUAUGAAAUUGAUAAAACUUUGGGGAUCACAGGACCUGAAGAUGUGGCCAAGAUGGGCAUUGCUGAGUACAACAAGCAGUGCCGAAGUAUUGUCAUGAGAUACUCUCAUGAAUGGGAGAGCUCAGUGAAAAGAAUGGGCCGGUGGAUCGACUUCAAGAAUGACUACAAGACUCUUUACCCGUGGUUCAUGGAGUCAGUCUGGUGGGUGUUUAAGCAGCUCUAUGAAAAGGGUCUGGUGUAUCGGGGAGUUAAAGUCAUGCCUUUCUCCACUGCCUGCAACACACCCCUCUCCAACUUUGAGUCCCAUCAGAACUACAAGGAUGUCCAGGAUCCCUCUGUGAUUGUGAGUUUUCCUCUGGUUGAGAGCGAAAACGUUUCUUUGAUCGCUUGGACAACCACACCUUGGACCCUGCCGAGUAACCUGGCGCUCUGUGUCAACCCAGAGUUCUUGUAUGUCCAGGUCAAAGAUAAUACCACAGAAAGGACCUACAUCAUGAUGGAAGCCAGACUGGGAGCUCUUUUCAAGUCUGAGAGUGAAUACACAAUUUUGAACAAAUUUCCAGGCAAGGUCCUCAAAGGAAAAAAGUACAAACCACUUUUUCUCUACUUCAGUAAGUGUGCGGAGAGGGGAGCAUUCCAGGUGGUGACGGAUAACUACGUCAAGGAGGAAGAAGGCACAGGAGUUGUCCACCAGGCCCCUUACUUUGGAGCUGAUGAUUACAGGGUGUGCACUGAAUACAACAUCAUCCAGCGGGACCAGGCUCCUAUCUGCCCUGUGGAUGCCUCUGGCUGCUUCACUUCAGAGGUCACUGACUUUGCAGGACAGUAUGUCAAAGAUGCUGACAAGAACAUCAUUAAAUUGCUGAAGGAAAAGGGACGCCUGCUCAAUGCCAGCACAUUCAAACAUAGCUACCCUUUCUGCUGGAGGUCUGACACCCCCCUGAUCUACAAAGCUGUCCCCAGCUGGUUUGUGCGAGUGGAGCACAUGGUGGACAAACUGCUGGACUGCAACGGGAAAUGCUACUGGGUCCCAGAGUUUGUGGGAGAGAAGCGUUUUGGGAACUGGCUCAGAGAUGCACGCGACUGGGCAAUUUCGAGAAACCGCUACUGGGGCACACCGAUCCCUCUGUGGGUCAGUGAUGACUUCGAGGAGGUGGUCUGUGUAGGGUCCAUGGCUGAACUGGAGGAGCUGACUGGAAUCAAAGUUACAGAUUUGCAUCGGGAAACCAUUGACAACCUGACAAUCCCGUCACGGUGCGGUAAAGGCGUCCUGCGGAGGAUUACAGAGGUGUUUGACUGCUGGUUUGAGAGUGGCAGCAUGCCGUACGCCCAGGUUCACUACCCGUUCGAGAACAGGAAGGAGUUUGAGGACACCUUCCCAGCAGACUUCAUCGCAGAGGGCAUUGACCAGACCAGAGGAUGGUUCUACACCCUACUAGUGCUUUCCACAGCGCUGUUUGGGAAACCACCCUUCAAGAACGUCAUUGUUAAUGGACUCGUGCUCGCUAGCGAUGGGCAGAAGAUGAGCAAGCGUAAGAAGAACUACCCAGAUCCAGGACUGAUUGUGCAGAACUAUGGAGCUGAUGCCCUCAGGCUGUACCUCAUCAACUCCCCUGUGGUGAGAGCGGAGAACCUGCGAUUCAAAGAGGAGGGCGUGCGAGACGUGCUGAAGGAUGUCUUCUUGCCGUGGUACAACGCCUAUCGCUUCCUGGUGCAAAACGUACAAAGAUUACAAAAGGAAGACGAGAUUCAGUUCCUGUACAAUGAAAACACAGUGAAGCAGAGUGAUAACAUCAUGGACAAGUGGAUCCAGUCGUUCACACAGUCUCUCAUCCAAUUCUUUAAAGCUGAGAUGGAUGCGUACCGCUUGUACACGGUGGUCCCUCGCCUGGUCAAGUUUGUGGACAUGCUCACCAACUGGUACGUCAGGACUAACAGGCGCCGCCUGAAGGGCGAGAGUGGCACUGAGGACUGCCUGUGGGCGCUGGAAACACUCUUCAGUGUUCUGUUUUCCAUGUGCAGGUUGAUGGCCCCCUUCACACCCUUCAUCACAGAAAUGAUGUACCAAAAUCUGCGUCACCUCAUUGACCCUGCCGCUGUUGAAGAAAAGGACUCCAACAGCAUCCACUAUCUCAUGCUGCCACAAGUCAGGGAUAAUUUGAUUGACAAGCGCAUUGAGAGCGCCGUCUCUCAGAUGCAGUCUGUGAUUGAGCUGGGAAGAGUGAUUAGAGAUAGAAAGACCCUUCCUGUCAAGUAUCCAUUGAAGGAGGUGGUAGUUAUCCACCAGGAUCCAGAGGCUCUAAAAGACAUCCAGUCUUUGGAGAAAUACAUCCUCGAAGAACUUAAUGUGCGACAGUUGACACUUUCAACAGACAAGAACAAGUAUGGGAUCCGUCUGCGAGCCGAGCCUGACCACAUGGUGUUGGGCAAGAAAUUAAAGGGGGCCUUCAAGGCUGUGACUGCUUCCAUCAAGGAGCUCCCCAGCAAACAGCUAGAGGCCUUCCAGAAAACAGGGUCCAUUGUGGUGGACGGCCAUGAGCUCCAUGAGGAGGACCUGCGGCUGAUGUACACUUUUGAUCAGACUUCUGGUUCAGCUGCACAGUAUGAAGCUCACUCUGAUGCUCAGGUGCUUGUGCUGUUGGACGUGACCCCAGACCAGUCCAUGGUAGACGAGGGCGUUGCCAGAGAGGUCAUCAACCGCAUUCAGAAGCUACGCAAAAAGGCACAUUUGGUGCCAUCAGAUGAGAUAUCGGUGUACUACCGCUGCCAGCCAGAGGGGGAGUACUUGGGAUCUGUGAUUGAGGCUCAUACUGACUUCAUUCUGGCGACCACCAAGGCUCCGCUCCUGCCCUUCCCUGUCCCAAAAACUGCCAGCGUCAUCAUUGAGGAGAAGACUCAGCUGAAGGGCUCAGACUUGGAGUUCACAAUAGUAAAAGGAUCUUCGCUCUCACAAACGCCACCAAACGGACCAGCUUGUGCGUACGUUAACCUCAGAGUGAAAGUCAACAACAAAGAACAAGAGGGCGUAGUGUUGCUGGAGAAUCCCAAAGGGGAUAACAGACUAGACUUGGACAAACUGAAGAAAGUGUGCAGCAGCAUCUUUGGAAUCAAUAACACCCCGCUCAGAUUCUUCAGCGAUCAAAGCGAAUUGACCAGCAGAGCGGACCUCCAGGCCCACAGUGGCAAAACUUUGUUAGUGACUUCAGGACCCUCCUCUCCUGGCGCCGUGCCCACCGCUGACACCCUGCUGUGUCCCUAUGUAAACCUGUUACUGUGCAACGCACAGCCGGCUGAGUGCCAGGCUGGAGAUGUUGGCACCCUCUUGCUGGUGAACCCAGUUGGCCAGAAUGAGCUCGACCACUCCGGUCUGCUCUCUGAGGCUGCCAAGGUUUUCGGCCUCCGCAGCAGACGCCUCAAACUCUACCUGGACCAGGAUCUUUCCAAUGAACUGCCAGCUGAAUCAUCGGUAAAAUCUCUCCAUACCAAAACUCUCUACGUGAGAGUUUUUCCAACCACCGCUGAAGCAUAGAUCAACUCAAGCCACUUAAAGAACAUUUGUCUUUGAUGCAAUCCCUUUAGCUGAGUUUUCUAACCCCCCAAAUGAUGCAAAAGAAGUAAAUUACAGUUUAAAAUGUGUAGAUCCUUUUUUUUAUUGCUUUGAAAAACCUGAUUCAAACGAGGUUUAUCUGUCUAAUUCACUCAACAGCUUGACUUCAAAAACACGUCCAUGUUUUAAAAGAUGUUUAAAUUAAUUGUGUUAAACAGCGUCCCGUAUAUGUGUCAAUGAACCAUUCGGGUGUAGAUUUUUAUCCUUGACUAUAUCUUAGUAGACUCUCACAUUCAUCCGUCAGCUGAGUGAUUCACAGUUGCUGGAUCUGCUUCUGGUGGGCCAACAGUUUACACGCUUCACUUGAGUAUCAACCCAGCACCACGUCUGCAUGACUGUUCCUACUUACAUGGGAAUAAACUCUGGAUAGAUCCUCUGCUGCUGACAGAAGCUGUCAUCACCAACUCCAGACUGGAAACAGUUUGGAGCAAAGUGAGAAACUCUGAAAUUAAUGUCAAAGGUUCAUUCAUGGCAUAUUAGAGUAUUUUUUUCCCCAGUAACUCAUUUGAGGAAAGGUUCCAGGAAAUGGUCUAACUCGAUUAACUGUCACUGUGGCUGAUUUUCUUUAUUAUGGUAAUGAUGCAGGUUACUUUGCUUCAUGGCUUAUUUGCAGUGUGCUUAGUCCACAGUAAUUAUAUUUUGGCACAUAAUUGCGAAAGGAAUUUGGGCCAUUGUGAAUUUAACAGAUAAACCUAUUGUGCUCGUUACAGAGGGAGUUCUCAGACAAUGGAGGAGGUAUUUAAAGGGUGAAAUGGAUUUUGGGGGCUGCUGUACUUCAAGGACACAAAGGGUUCUGUCAUUUAAAAAAAAGCCACAAAUGGAUAAUGUAAUAUUUUAAGUGACGAGAAGAAUAAAUCAAAGGUGACUAAGAAUCUA